AUGACCAGCAGAUUAAGAGUGCGCUUGGUUAUGGCGCUUGUUGUCAAGUCUGUGGCCAUCGGACAUGCUCAACUGGAUGCUCAUGCUUUCUACAAAGGCACGAAGGUGAGCACCCUCACGAUUGAGUACAAGGUGAGCACCCUCACGAUUGAGUACAAGGUGAGCACCCUCACGAUUGAGUACAAGAAGGUGAGCACCCUCACGAUUGAGUACAAGAAGGUGAGCACCCUCACGAUUGAGUACAAGAAGGUGAGCACCCUCACGAUUGAGUACAAGGUGAGCACCCUCACGAUUGAGUACAAGAAGGUGAGCACCCUCACGAUUGAGUACAAGAAGAAGGUGAGCACCCUCACGAUUGAGUACAAGAAGGUGAGCACCCUCACGAUUGAGUACAAGGUGAGCACCCUCACGAUUGAGUACAAGAAGGUGAGCACCCUCACGAUUGAGUAG